AAUACACACAUCGCAUUCACAUGCUUUUGCAGUUUUUAAUAUUGCUGGACUUCCGUUUUGGAAGGAGUGCGGAUUUCCCCGAGCGCCGAUUCAAUUAGUUCAGCCUGCGAGCCUGGUGAAAAGUGUGUGGGAAUUGUUUAGUUUUCCGGCACAUGCCAGUGAGCAUUCGCCUUUGCCCACAAAUAUACGAGGUCGAACGAGCACCCUCGUAUACAACAAAUCGGUUUAAUCAAACGGCUAAAGCAGCCGUGUCCUGCAAGCGGACAGCAUCUGCAUAUCCACUUUAUCCUGGUUUCCGCCUCCUCCGAGGCUGUACAUAUUCUUUUGCUCCGCGGACAAAGGGGCACUUCUUGAGGGUAAACAUCGCACCAAAAUAACCGUAAAUAUUUAAAAUUCGCCUGCCUACGCAUUAAAUAAUACCAGCAUUUGGUAUUUAAUCAAACCAAGAAAUACACACGAGACGCGCGAAAACAAUAACUUUAAUUCGAAAACUUUAAAAUCAGUGCUAUUUCAAAAAAUGCAAAAACUGGCUGUCAAAAGGCAGAAAAUAAAUCACAAUCGAAGCGAUAAGGCAACUGACAAAUCGUAAGAACACCUGAGUGAUAGAGGGGAAAACAAAAAAAAUACUAACCCCAGUGCACAGUGUAAAAUGCCAAAAACUUUUGUGCGCCUCAACGUACAAAAAUUGUAAAGACGCGAAAACACGGUAGAGAAUAUAAAUUCUCGGUUUCCGUUUUGAAAAUAGAAUUACUAAUAGGAUACAUAGUAAGUUUGGAAAACCGAAAUGCUGCCCCUCACGUUGGCCAACGCGGAGGUCAAGCAGCUGCAGCGCGAGCUGUCCAUUUCGGUGUCGCCCGCGAGUGGCGGAGCAACUGCAGCCGCUGGCCACAAUGGAGGCGUCUCCGUGUCCGGCGGAAACGCCAGCAGCCUGCUCACACUGGCGCCGCGCAAGGAGGAGCUGCGCUUCCUGCCCCUCGCCUCCAUGGGCGCCAACAAGACCUGCAACAUCACCAUCAGCAAUGUCCAUGCUCCCAUGAAAUCCAAACUGACGGCGGUGAACAUUGUGCCAAAUAAUUUAAAGCCCGCCGGAGGAGGAGGAGGAGCAGCAGCAUCUUCGAGUGUGGCAGGAGGACCUGCUCCCCUGUUCCAGCUAGUCCCCUCGGCCACCAAUCCCAGCCAGCCUUUGGUGGCCAUUCUGGCACCCAAUCGCAAGACCCCGCUGCUCGGAGGAACCUCAGCCAAUCCCCAGCCAGUGGUGAUUCGCUCGGGGACACCCUUGAACAAAAACAGCCUGACCAUACACAGCAAUGGCAUGGCCACCAUGACGCCCCUGGCAGCAGGAGCAGCACCAGCAGCAGGAUCAGGAUCAGCGGCUGCUGGAGCACCGCCUGCAGGAGCACCCUUAACGCUGCUGGCCAAAACAGAGCUUCCACCGAAAUUGCAAGCGGCACCUGUCCAGGUGCCCAGCUCGACGGGUCCGGCGCAAAUCUCCCUGCUGGCCAAUCCCCUCAAGCCACGUGCUCCACUCAUACUCAGCAAGGUGGCGGUGGACAAGCUGCGUCUAAAGUUCAACCAGGUGAAGAACAACCCGAAUUCCCUGGUUCUCCACAAGGCCAACAAUGUGAAGAAGCUGGUGUCCAUGGCGAACAGCGGUGGCGAGGAUAAGACCAGGACCUCGCAGACUAACAACAACAACAAUAACAAUACUCCUGGCCAGCUUAAGCCGACUAUUCCGGUUAAAGCCAUGCCCAUAGCUGCGGAGGAGCUGCCCACCAACAACAACAUGAGCCUGAUUAAGGCCAAACCGGUGGCCAUGAAGGCAGUGCCGCUGCCCAGCCAAGAUAUGCCCCCGCGACAGGCAGUGGCAAAGGCCACCACACCCAUGGAGGAGGAGAUGGUCAAGCCCGCCCUCAAACCCACUCCCAAACCUACUCCUAAAGCCACUCUUAAACCCACUCCCAAGCCCGUGGAGAUAUCGCUAAACGGUCCAACCAAGGAGACCAAGGAGCCUGUUCAGUUGCAGAAACCUGAGAAAAAGGAAGCUCCUGCACCCCAACCAGCUGUGGCCAAGGAAGUCCCACAAUCCCAGCCAGCCGUGGCUAAGGUACCGCCACUAACCCAGCCAGCCGUGGCUAAGGACCUGCCACCAUCCCAGCCAGCUGUGCCCAAGGAAUCGCCCAAGCUGCAGCGCUCCAAGUCCUUUGUGGCCAACAAGCCCGCUUCUCCAGUGGCCAACAACGAGCGACGCCACUCGGUGGCCAUUAUGGCCAAGGAGGUGGAUGUGAUUGAGCAGCCCAGUGCUCCCAUCGAGACCAUUACCAUAGAAGAUGACGAUGAGAGCGAGGAGGAGGAGCAGCUGAAACAGCAGGAACAGCAGCUGAAACAGCAGGAACAGCAGCAAAAGGAGAAGGCCAAGCAGAAAGAGAUCAUAAUGCCCAUUCUGCCCGCAGGGAUAACCAUUUCCACCACCAGCAGAUCAGCUGCCAAGCCGAAACCCGUGAGAAAGGACUCGUCCGUGACGACAAUCUCCUCCCGUACCAGCGGUAGUUCGUCCAACAGCAGCGAUGUGGAGGAGAUCAGCCAUCCGGCCAUGAGAAUCGAGGAAGAGCUGAGUCUACGGCCGGGGAUAAGCAUCAUCAAGGCGGAAUCCCUGCCGCUGACCAAGGAGGACUUUGAGCGCUCGCUGCGCUGCGAUGAGCAGGUGCCCCGCACUCCUCCCAAGUCGUCCUCUUCAGCCUCCUCCAGCGGCUCUAAUGCUUCGGACACGUCAUCGCCUCCUAAAAUUGCCGACCCAUUGCCAUCUCGUCCUUCCGUUAAGAAUGGCAAGAACUCCUACGACCAUGAGGUGGUUCCUGGCGCCAAGGCCAGUUCCCUUAAGAAGAACAUGAUGCAGAACCUGGGCAUGCUGAAGUGGCGCGGCCAGCAGCCGGCCAACUUGCAGAACUCCACGAUCCGUUUCGAGCUGAAUCACUUCAACCUGCUCCAGAUAAACGAGCGCUGUCAGCCACGCCAGGGGCCAGCUGCUUACUUCGAGAGGGCAUUGUACGAUCGUCCAGGCAGAAGGCCCUCGGGAAGCAUCCAUCCACUGCUGUACCUGUGCCAGCGUUGCAACUGCCACGGACCAGCCGCCGACUUUCUGGCACCACAUUACUGCUCUGUGGGCUGUGUGCGCCGCGCCCAGAAACGUCGCCUGCCGCAGAACAACCAAAAGGAUAGCAAGAUGAGUCGCACCCAAGUGGAGCAGACAGCUGGAGCUGCGCCAGAACAGAAGCCUCAGGUCAACAACUACAAAAGCCAAUCGAAGUCUCUGGCUACCAUGCAGGAGGAGCUGCAGCGGCGUUAUAAGGAAAAGCCCCGCAAGCCCUUCCGCUGGAGCGAGUACCUCAAGACCAAGGGCAAGGAUGUGGCAGCGCCCAUCCACCUGUUCCUCAACCCGUUUCCCAUCAGCCCCAACUGUUUCGAGCGCGGCAUGAAGCUGGAGGCCAUCGAUCCGGAGAACUGUUCGCUGUUCUGCGUGUGCAGCAUCGUGGAGGUGCGGGGCUAUCGGCUGAAGCUCAGCUUCGAUGGCUACUCCUCCAUGUACGACUUCUGGGUGAAUGCCGACUCGCAGGACAUAUUUCCGCCCGGCUGGUGCGAUGAGACGGCGCGAGUUCUGCAGGCGCCCAAGGACUACAACUCGGAGCGCUUCAGCUGGAGUCGCUAUUUGGUUAAGACUGGCGGAAAGGCGGCGCCGCGGGUGCUUUUCGCCCACCUAAACAUGCAGUCACAGACUGGAGUUCGCAACGGGUUCGCCGUGGGCAUGCAUCUGGAGGCGGAGGACCUGAACGACACGGGGAAGAUCUGCGUGGCCACCGUGACGGAUAUUCUGGACGAGCGCAUUCGCGUCCACUUCGAUGGCUGGGACGAUUGCUACGACCUGUGGGUCCACGUCAGCUCACCGUACAUCCAUCCCUGCGGCUGGCACGAGGGUCGCCAGCAGUUGAUCGUUCCGCCGGAGCGCCAGAAGUCGGCCUUCAAUUGGGAUGACUACAUAUCAGAGGUCGGUGGAACGGCUGCCUCGAAGGAGCUGUUCAAUCCGCGCCAGCCUAUGGAGUACCAGGCCCGCAUGAAGCUGGAGGUGGUGGACCAGCGCAAUCCCUGCCUGAUUCGCCCGGCCACAGUGGUGACGCGGAAGGGCUACCGCGUUCAACUCCACCUGGACUGCUGGCCAACGGAGUACUACUUCUGGCUGGAGGACGACAGUCCGGAUCUGCAUCCCAUCGGCUGGUGCGAGGCCACCUCGCACGACCUCGAGACUCCGCCUGGCUAUCUGCAGGCCAAGCCCGUGAUGCCCUGCGACGUGGAGGGAUGUCGGGGCUAUGGCAACGCCAAGCGCCUCAACCUCAAUGUGCACGCACUGCGGGAUUGCUGCCCGUAUGCGCCGGAGAAUUGGCGUCAGUGGCGCUCCAAGACGGUGAAGCCGCCGCGCGUACCGCCCGAGCAGAUCAGGCGGGGAUGGGCGAAGAAACCAAAGCGAGCCAGUUCGGAAGCCAAGCAGCAUGCCAUUAAGGAAGAGGUCCAGGCGGAGAAUGCCCGGCAAAAGCCCGAAGUAAAGGCGGAAGCCAAGCGAAAGACGACACCGCCACGUCAGGAGAAGGUUGUGAAAAAGCAAAAGAAGGAUGCGGAGCAGAUGCCCGAUGAGCGCUCCCUGGCCAUAGCCAAGUCCUUGGUGAAGGACUACGGACCACAGUUCCUGCAAAACUAUCGCCUCUGGCAACAGAACAGCGCCUUCGACAUGGACCAGGUGCGCACGAAUCCGCUGCACUGGACCAGCUGGGAUGUGUACGAGUUCAUAGAGCGCGCCCUGAACUCCGUGGACAUUGCCCGGUCGAUCUUCGAACAGGACAUCGACGGCCGGGCGCUGCUGAUGCUGGGGCGCAGCGAACUGGACAAGUACCUGAAGCUCAAGGUGGGCCCGGCCGUGAAGCUCUACUCCCUGAUCGUCAACCUGCGCAUCGCGGUGGUCUGCAAGUUUGAGACCAGCACCAGUGGACUGGCGAUCAAUGGGGAUGCGGCGACACAGAGGGAGAAGAAAAAGAAGGAUGAGCCACUUCCUGCCCAGAAGCAGGAGCCGCCCCCGAGCAAUGGCUACAAGGUGGAGCACGAACGGGAGCUCUCCGAGAGCGGCGACGAUGAGGACGUGGUGCUGGACAGCGAUGACUUCCUCAGCGUCAAGCCAAGCAGCCUGGUGAUUGACGAGGACGCCGAUGCCGAUGGCGGUGGCGAUGGCGAUGUGGUGAUGGUGCCGCUGGAAGUGCGCAUGCCCAUGAGCACGGCUUCCUAUGGUGCCAGGUUCCAGGCAACCAGCUUCCGUUAAUUGAUUUGUAAGAUUAUUUUGUUGCACCGGCCUCGGCCCAAGUCGGGUAUUAAUAUUAUCUAUAGUAUUUAUUCUAUAAGCCGAUCCGAAUUCGAUUAUGUUUGUUUUCUCCUUAUCAUUCAAUAAAUGAUCCCCCUAGACAUGUAA